CAGGGACAAAGCCCCUUUGGACUAAAAAUGAAAAAAUACAAAUAAGAUUUCUACACAGCCCCUUGAAGAAAUAGAGAAAUAUGAUCGCUCUUGCUAGACACGUUUUAGAACAUACACAAAUCUAUCCUGAAAAGUUAAAAGAAGUAGCCCUAAUAGUAACAGCUCUUCCGUCUAUUGAAGUUAGUGCGGAAAGACUGUUUUCAGCUCUGUAAUUUAUGAAAUUUGAUCUAUGAUCCUUUAUCAAAGGAGAUCUUGCCGAAGCGUUUCUUGCUGUUUGCUUGAUCGUGUUGUUUUUGCUUGAUGUUGCUGCUUCUUAGCUAUUACUAAUGCCAGUUUUUCCAUUUCAUAAUAAAUGCUAAUUAAUAUAAUUAAUCUGCUAUGCCAUCAAUUCUUUUCCGUAGUAUCUAUUACUUCUUUUAUAUUAAAAAGAAAUGCUGUACCACAUGUGUAUAUGUUAACAUAUAUAUAUAUAUAUAUAUAUGAGGGAGUCGGAGCCUUAAACUUCCAGGAGUCAGAGCCGGGGUUGGUCAUUUUCCCUACCGACUCCACAGCCCUGAUGAACAUUUUUCGUGUAAUGAAAAAACAAGGUUUAUGAAUGUGUAAAAUUUGUUGCUUAUUAAAACGCUAUCUGUAUUCGAGUUUAUAUGAAGUGCAAAGAAUAAUCUUUUGAAACAAAUAGGAAAUUAGCUAACAGACUUAAUAUUUUUGAAUGAUUUUGUCUACUAGAUAUUCUGUACUACAUUUGAAAUUAUGUCAUUAAAUACUACAUAAAAUAUGUCAUAAAAUUACUAUACUAUAUUUCAUAUUCCAUCAUUAAAAUAUAAAAUUUUCACUUAGCACCAGUGGAGGACCUUUGCAGUUGCUUCUAAUUUCCAUUUCUUAUAUAUACCUCCUGUGGAUUGAUCGCAUUGCAUGGACAUGUUCAGAAUUUCGAUCAUGGUGAUCCGUAAGAUGUUUUAUGAAGAUUCUUAGGAUCUAAAAAAUCAAAAUUUCUUCAGUUCUUUGUUUAUGUUUAUAUAAGAUGCGCUUAAUUAAACAUAAUUUAUUUUUUGAUAUCGUUGAUUUUAUGUUAUUUCUCCAAUUUUUCUUUAUAUAUUUGUUUACUGUUGGUUCUCUUUAUUUUGUAAUGUAAAUUUUCAAUUAUUUUUCACAAGGAUGUCUAUUUAAAUCAACAUUUGUCUAUUAUAUAUUACUGUCACAGUCACUUUCUAAAUUGUGUAGACAAUAUGUAUUGAAAUUUUUAUUAAUUGACCACUUGAUAAUGUCAUGCAUACUUUUGUGAAACAUUAAUUCUUUAAUUUUUUUAUCUUAUUUUACAGGCAGAUCCAGCAGCCCGUUUAAAAAUAGAAUUAAACUCAAAAAAUGUUCGCUUUGCCGUUAUGCUACUCAGAAGAAUUCUGACCUUCAAGAACAUUUGAAAACUCACAAGAUAUAUCCUCGUUUUGUUUGUCAUGUCUGCAAAAAAAAAUUUAAUUUGAAAAGUCAACUUCGAAGUCAUUUACAGGUUCAUUCUCGAACACCGUAUUAUAUGUGUGAAAAGUGUAAUAAAACCUUCAAAGCGUUAUUAUAUCUUGAGCAGCAUUCAAGAGUUCAUACUGGAGACCGGCCUUAUGCUUGUGAAAUAUGCAGCAAAAGAUUUAAACAGAAAUCACAUCUUGUGGCUCAUUCGAGGAUUCAUACUGGAGAGAAACCUUUUGCUUGUAAAAUUUGCAAGAAAGCGUUUAAGCAGAAAUCACAUCUUGAUUCACAUUUAAAGAAACAUGAAGAAAAAUAACCACUCUCGUAAGACUUUUCACAUUAUACAAAAUUUUGACGUGCAUUGAAAGAUUCAUUCUGAAAAGCACCCCCCCCCUUUUCGUGAAAUAUUUGACAAACAUUUCGUCAAAAAUCACAUCUUGACUCACAUUUAAAAAUUCAUAUUGGAGAGUGUCUUUUGUUUAUGCUUGGUAGAAUAAAACCGUAAAUGGCUCCAAUUGAUUACUUGAUGCGCAUUUAAAGAUUUCUUUCUGAGUGUGCAAAACAUGUAAUGAAAAACAUGCUAUUAAAACCCAUUUAAAAUAUGCAGUGUAUUAUAAGCAAUUAGCUAUUUGUCCCGUUCAUGCAUUCUUUAAGUAAAUGGUUAACAUAUCCAUCUGGCAGUUGGAAGAUCCGUGGUUCGAACUUUCGAAAGGAUGCAGGCGAUCUUUGACGUUUCCUGCACCUAAGCCAUUAGAUUCCUUACAGUAUAUCCGUAAAAUGCACUGUUUGUGGCAGCAGAUCCCGAUAGAAAAGCAGCAUGAAUGUGUGGAAACAGUAUGAAUAAGCUAAUGUGAAUUAAUACUGCUGGUGUUUCGAUGAUGUUUAUAACUAGAGCUUAAGUAAAUUUUGGAGUCUUGAUAUAAAUAUAUAUCAUAUGAGUGCAUUGUUUAUGACUGCAAGUACAAUAGAACGCCAAUUAUCCGAAUCAGUUGAAACCGGACCCCAUUCGGAUAAUCAAAUAUUCGAAUAAUUGGAUUUUCCCGAAGAAAGUGGUCUUCGAAGACUUUAAUUAAUUACUGUAUGUUGAAAAUGGAAGAAAAAACUAUUUUUAAAGAAAAAGAGGUUUUAAUUAAAAUGAAAAGGCAACACUUUUACGUACAUGUUAUAUAGCGUAUUGUACUUACAAGUGCUGGAAGUCAUUGCUUAACAUUUUGGUCAACGUAAGCUGUUUCACUGUCUUCAUCCAUUUUCAGACAGCCAAGUCGUGCGUCCGCUCGACAGUUGAGACGUUGUAUGUGGUCACACUCGGGCUGACGCUCCAUCCACUUCAAUGCAGUUUCAAGGCCGGCAAACGCUUCACUAACUGAUGGUCCCAUGUCUGCUUCAACUUCGACAUUAAGAUGUAGCAGCCCGACUGAAAAUGAAAGUAAAAUCUUGAAAUGUUCAUUUUGCAAUCGUGUUGCUGAAAAUGACGACGACCUUCAAGAACAUUUGCAGGUUCAUAACAUAGGUCCUUGCCAAAAAACGUUCACUUUGAAAAGUCAACCUCGAAAUCAUUUAGAGGUUCAUUCUCAGAGAGAAGGUUAUACAUGUGCAGAGUGUAAUAGAGCGUUUAAAAGUAAAAUAUUGCUUAAACAACAUUACAGGAUUCACGCGGGAGAACGGCCUUAUGCAUGUAAAAUAUGUGAGAAAACAUUUAUUCAAAAAUCACAUCUUGAUGCGCAUUUAAGAAUUCAUUCUGGAGAGAAGCCUUUUGUUUGUGAAAUUUGCAACAGAAAAUUUAAGCAGAAAUCACAUCUUGAUGUACAUUUAAAGAUUCACGACGAAGAGUUUCCUUAUGUUUGUGAUACAUGCAAUAAGAGGUUUUACUACAAAAAAAAUUUUGAUGUGCAUUUAAGAAAGCAUACUGGAAAGCAGCCUCAUAUAUGUCAAAUAUGUAAUAAAACAUUUGAUCGUAACGCACAACUUAAAAACCAUUUAAGAAUUCAUACUCAAGAGCGGCCUUUUAUUUGUGAAAUAUGUAACACAACGUUUACUCAAAAAUCUCAUCUUAACGCACAUUCGAGGAUUCAUUCUGAAGAGAAGCCUAUUGUUUGUAAAAUUUGCAACAAAGCAUUUAAGACAAAAUCAAAUCUUGACGUACAUUUAAAGAUUCAUAAAAAUGAGCGUCCUUAUGUUUGUGAUAUAUGCAGUAAGACUUUUUGCCAAAAAGUACAUCUUCAUGUGCAUUUAAGAACUCAUACUGGAGAGCAGCCUUUUACAUGUGAAAUAUGUGAGAAAAAGUUUAAUAAAAAGUCAUCUCUUGCCGUACAUUUAAGAUUUCAUACUGGGGAACGGCCCUAUGCCUGUGAUUGGUGCAAUAAAACUUUUCGACAGAAAUCAAAUUUUGAUUGGCAUUUAAAGAAACAUUCUUGAAAUCGUUUUGUUUGAAAUUUCUAACAAAGCCUUAUAUGAAAAACCGUGCUUUUCAAACACGUUUAAAAUAUCACGUAAGGAAUAAGUUACGAGGAAUGACUGCUUUUGACCGUUUGUGCGAAAUGUCUGUAACUGGUUCUCUUAUCGAAUAAGUAACUGAAAAGAUCUCUGAAUACCGGCGAGGAUAUGGUUCAUUUUUCACGUUUCCUGCUGUAAAACCAUAAGAUUGUCGACAGUGUACCAUUUAAAGGAUGCGUUUUUACUUCUUUGUACGAUUUAAAAGAACUGAUAACAAUACUUCCUUUAUUCCAGGUUUCAUAUUUCAACGAAAAUACCCAUUUUGACCGCUAUCGAAUGCAAUUUAACGAUGUUUUUUGCGUAA